GCGAUGAUUGAAGCGGAGGUAGCAGGGAAAACCAAAAGUAAAAUCCCACCCUUUCCCCGAUGCUCUCUUCUUUUUGAUGAGUCCUUUCUUCGGCGAGAAAAAAGUUGCAAACUUUAGAUCCGAUAUCGAUCGGAAAACACCCAAAUCCGAUCAUGAAGAGAGGUCAGAAUCGUUUCCGAUUAAUCGACCCAGGCUCUUCUUCUUCGUCUUCCUCCUCGCCUGUUCCCAAGGGUAAGAUGGUCAAGGAGGAAGACGACGGCGGCGGCAUGGAUGAGCUCCUCGCCGUCCUCGGCUACAAGGUCAGGUCCUCCGAAAUGGCGGACGUUGCUCAGAAGCUUGAGCAGCUCGAGGAGAUGAUGGGUAAUGUCCAGGAGGAUGGGCUGUCUCAUCUCGCGACGGAGACCGUACACCACAACCCGUCUGAGCUGUGUACCUGGCUCGACUCCAUGUUGACGGAGCUCAAUCCUCUGCCGUCGGCUUCUACAUCGGCGGUCGGGGCAGGACCGAUAGAUAUGGAUACUUCGUUUCUCACCCGCGCUGAAUCCUCUACGAUCAGUUCGAUCGGGUUCGGGGCUCCGAAUCAGCAGUCUCGGGUCUUCGAUGAACCGUCUUCUUCGGAUUACGAUCUGAAAGCCAUCGCCGGAAACGCGAUUUACCCGCAGGCACAGAACCAGCUGGUGUUCGAUUCGUCGUCUUCGUCCAACCAUGGUGGGAACCCUAACAAGCGGUUGAAAUGCUCAAUCUCCGAUUCCGUGUAUGCUUCGACGUCCACGGCCCCGCAGAUCGGCGACUGCGUCGGGACGAAGAUGACCCUCUCCGAGUCAACUCGGGCGGUGGUUCUGGUGGACUCGCAGGAAAAUGGUAUCCGUCUGGUCCAUGCGCUCAUGGCGUGCGCGGAAGCCGUCCAGAAGAACAACCUAACCUUAGCAGAAGCUCUGGUAAAGCAAAUCGGCUUGUUGGCGGUGUCUCAGGCCGGCGCCAUGCGAAAGGUCGCCACUUACUUCGCCGAAGCACUCGCACGGCGGAUCUACCGCCUCUCUCCGCCGCAGGACCCGCCGGGUCACUCUCUUUCCGACACUCUUCAGAUGCACUUCUACGAGACGUGUCCGUACCUCAAGUUCGCCCACUUCACGGCAAACCAAGCCAUCCUUGAAGCUUUUGAAGGCAAGAAAAGGGUUCAUGUCAUCGAUUUCUCCAUGAACCAAGGUCUGCAAUGGCCAGCGCUCAUGGAGGCCCUCGCGCUCCGCCCCGGGGGUCCUCCCGCUUUCCGGCUUACCGGAAUCGGACCUCCGGCGCCGGAUAACACCGAUUACCUUCACGAUAUCGGCUGUAAUCUGGCUCAGCUGGCGGAGGUGUUUCACGUCGAGUUUGAGUAUCGGGGCUUGGUCGCGAACAGCUUGGCCGAUCUCGAAGCGUCAGUUCUGGAGCUCAGGCCAACAGAGAUCGAGUCGGUGGCUGUCAACUCCGUGUUCGAGCUGCACAAGCUCCUGGCCAGACCCGGGGCGAUCGAGAAGGUUCUAGGAGUGGUGAGACAGAUAAAACCGGAAAUCUUCACUGUCGUCGAGCAAGAAUCGAACCACAACAGCCCAGCUUUCUUGAACCGGUUUACCGAGUCGCUGCAUUACUACUCGACCAUGUUCGACUCGUUGGAAGGAGUGGGAAACAGCCAAGACAAAGUCAUGUCCGAAGUCUACUUGGGGAAGCAGAUCUGCAACGUGGUGGCUUGCGAGGGCCCGGACCGGGUCGAGCGUCACGAGUCGCUGGCUCAGUGGCGGACCCGGUUCGAGUUGGCGGGUUUUUCACCGGCCCAUCUCGGUUCGAAUGCGUUCAAGCAGGCGAGUAUGAUUUUGUCUCUGUUUAACGGCGGCCAGGGUUAUGGCGUGGAGGAGAACGACGGUUGCUUGAUGUUGGGUUGGCACACUCGGCCGCUUAUAACCACAUCGGCCUGGAAACUCGCCGGCGGACCCGUGAUGGCUCAAUGAGCCGACUCGUCAUGCUUGGCGAUUUGAUGUCUGACCGAGCUGACUCGGUCUUUCGAGGAACUUUGUUCCGGGUCGCGAAUCGCUGUCAAAGCUAAUCUGAACCAAAUCGAACUAAACCGGAACAAACCGAACCGCUUUUUUUCCUUUCACCAUUUUCAGUUUUAACUUUUAAGUUCUCGUUCUGUCCUGAAUUUAGGUUUAGUUUAAAUCGCGCAAUCGGCCUAAAUCGGUUCUUUUCUUGAAACCUCGGGAGUGUAAAUUACUUGGACAAGGUAUGUCUUAUAUAUGGGUUUGGUGCGAAUAAAGUGACUUGAAUA